UAAUUGAAAUAAAACUUUUAUUUAUUGAUAAUGAAAAUCUAAAGAAAGUACAGCAGAAGUCUUAGUAAGGGGAAUGGGUGUUACCGCCACAUCCGGUCAUCUCUCAACCGGAUGCACAGGCAACUAGAACAUAACAACUAAUUUAAUAAAAGUAAAGUGUUUGAAAAGUAAAUGUUUAUUUCAUGACUAGUAUAACUAAGGCGACUUCUAACUCGCUCUCGGGCCAUGCACGCAAUCAUCACUCGACAAAAUCAUCCUCACCUGCACAAAUAAAGUGCAGAAACAAAACAAGGAAAAGAAAACAAAAAUUAGCUUUAGAGCUAAGUAAGUACUACCCAACCCCGUAAAAUAAUCAUGUUUGACUAAAAUAGAUUUUAAUAUAAUAAUAUAUAAAAAUACUCACACCAUCGAAAUUCUUUUCACUUUGAUUUUUCUCAAGACUACUUCUUUACAAAAAUCCUCAACUUCUCUAUAAAACUUCAUAAUAACUCUUCUCUUUGAUUUCCUCAAAAAUCACUUCUUCUCUAACUUCCUAGUAAUUUAGAAGGGCGGUGCUCAACCUUUCGGUAGAGCCCGGUGGACCGUGGUUACGGACGGUCACCCCGAACAAGUGCCGGUACCACAACUGCUCUGUUGGAAACGAAACGACUACCUUAAGUGUGCACACCCCCUAAAAGGGAUUCCAAGCCCCCCGAGUAGUAAGUCGUAACGAGUAGUCGGGACUCAGUCUACCAACUACCCCUGAAUAAGAUAUUUUGAAUGAUUAGGGAUUACUACUACCAUAACUUCUUCUUAAAAGGGAUCAUCGAUCCAAAUAUCACUUUAAACUCAAACUGUACUUCUUAGUAGUAGCAAACCUAAUCACCCUCCACAUUUAUCCGGAUGUGGAAAACCGACACCCCGGAUUACUCCCGAGAUGUUCACUUGUUAUGAAAAUGUAAAUUUUAUCUUCAAUAAAUAAUACUUCAAAAAUACUUCUCAAUUUCUCUAAAAAGUCUUGAAGGUAUUUAAAAAUAUUUAAUACCCCAAAAGUACUUAAUUUAUAUUUCUCAACUACCAUAUAUAUAAUAUCUCUUCACAUUUCUCAUACACAAAAUUCAACAAUUCACACUUAUUCACCGGAAACAAUUUUAGAUUGGCAGAGAAACUUACCUCAACUCCAAGUACUCUAGGAAAAUCUUCUACCUUGUUCUUCAAUCAAUCACUUUCUAUUAAAAAUUCUAAAAUAAAUAUUCUUGAAUAGUAAAAUUCCUCUACAUAAUUUCUAACGAAUUAUGUUCAAUACAUUUGAUUAAUAACUUCAUAUUAUUUUAUUCCAUUUACAAAAGUCCAAAAUUAAUCAUCCAUUUAAUAUAUUUCAUUUAUAGUCAUCCAAUCAUACCGAAUGUACAGAUUUACCUCAUAUAUAAUCAUUUCUUUUAGAUCAAUUUAAUCAAUUUUUAUUUAUUUAUUAUUAAUCGGCCAACAACAACUAAACAUAUUAAGUGUUACGGAGUAUAGCUACGUACGUAUCGUUGUCUUCCUCGUUGGUUCCAGAAUGCGGCCGGUUUCCUUCGAACUGGAGCUCUCCUCUCGUCGUCAACAGCAGCUUUCUUCGGCAGCAACGACGUUCCGUAAACUAGUUCCGACCCAACUCCAUUGGCUUCUCCUCACUCCGGCAGAUUCCUUUCCCUCCGUCGCACGACUUUCUCUUCUUGUGGCACUGCACGUAGCGGCAGUAGGUUACGUUGGUGAUAUUUGGAGAUGCUCAAUAGUAGCAGUCCGGCACUCCGGUGUGAACCAAUCUGGCGACGCUCCUUCCGGUGGCAGCAACUCUGGCCUCUUCUUCCGGCGACGUUCGUUCUUCCCUCUGCUUCUCUCAUGAUGCCGGUCGUUCUUCUUCUUCUUGUGCGCCGGCGGUAAAGCAGUCUUCUU